AUGAGUGAAGCUAAGUUGGUUGAAAGAAUCGAGUCGUCAGUUAACAAGAAACACGCUCUUCUUUCUUGGGUCGCCUUAAAAUUGGAAGAAGUGAACGCAGAAGAGGCUUUGAAAGAUGAUGAUAGCCGUUGCGAAGAAUUUUUGGGCGUUUGUGCUGAAAUCGAUGCCUUUAUAAGGUACAAUGCGGGCCUACCAGAGGACGAACAACUAGAUUCGUACUAUGUCUUCCAAGCUCUCUCUCAUUUAUACGGACUGUAUCUGACGCGACUGGAGAAGGUUAGACCUGGCAGAAUUUAUGACUCAGCAGAAUUGUUAGCAACAGUUUUAGCGGAAGAUGACGUUACAAUCGAAGUAACAGAGAAGAAGAAAAAGAAGUCAAGCAAGAAGCGCAGCUAUAUUCGAUCGGCUGCCAAGGAAAUGGCAUGUAUCGCCCUGAUACAGUUCUAUGAAACGUUUAAUCAGCAGUUAUCUUCCUUGGCUCCGCUUCUUUUUGGAAUUAUCUUUAAAAAUCUCAAGAAGAUAAUGGAGAAAAGUAAGUAUGCUCAUGCAACUUUCGCUACUUCUCUAAUGCAGCUCCUUAAGGCAAUUUUAAAGAACGUGGGCGGUUCUUCCUUUUACCAUGAAUAUUUUCCCAAGUUUUCCAAGCUGUCCAAGAAAGUCUUUGAAGCUAUAUGCUCGGAUAGACAGGAGUUUUCAACUGACAUGGUUUCAGCCAUAAUGGAAAUCUGGUCGUACCACUUUCGGCGAGAAUCUUUUGUGAAGGACAAUAAGCAUAACUUGGAAAAUGCCAUACUAGCCAACUACUCUGAAGGCGAACUAGGGCCGCUGGGAUUCGUCAAUGACUUCUCACGCCAUGUCGUCGCGAGGACACUAGCCGAGGUUAUGUUUGAUUAUUUCAAGAUAUCAGAGGUUUUAGGUAUUGAGCAAAUUCUUCAGUUCUACGCAACGUUAUUUGAGCGAUCAGUCACUCGAGAUGCUCAAGCUGGGACUUUUGAGUCGAUUGUGCACUUCCUUGGAUUAUGCUUGUCAGCCGACAUAAGCUUUUUCGAAGGCUCCCAAUAUUUGGAGAUUGUCAGGACUUUAGCAAGCUCUAUAUUCAGUCCUUCAUGUACCUCCAAUCAUAGGGUAGAUUCGAUGUCGAGGAGUUUACGGUAUUUUGUUUAUAUGCAUACGCUGUUGUUACCCAAGAUAGAAGAGUCCUCCAAGAAUCUAAUCGUUUUACAACUGCUGAGCCCCAGCCAGAGUGCGGCUGACACAACUAGCGACUACACAAUAAACAGCGAUCCUGAAAAUCUGUGGCUCAAUUUAGCCCUCUUAGACCUGGCACAGCUGCUGCUGUCUGAACUUUCGUCCUGCUUUGGUAACGAAAAGCACCUUGUUGACGAGGUUAAGAAGACUCUCAUAAGGUUGAGCAUUUGCGAUAAUUUCACUCUUCGGAUACACGCCAGUGCGGUCCUCAAGCUUUUCUUAUCUAACUUCCCACAAUAUCUGAGUGGAACAAUAGAAGGAUCCUUGAAUGCCCUUUCAAAGAAUUUCAAGCAGGAUGAUAAUUUUCUCUAUACUGCGAAUCAUGGUCAUGCUCUAGUCAUUGCCAAUUUGAUUGCCUGUGCUGAUAAGGACUAUGUUUCAUUCGAGCUAAUUAUGAGGAUUACUGUAUUUGCUACCUCCUUCAUCAAAAACCAUACGACGACGACAACCACACCUCUCUAUUCCAAAAAUCUACUUUGCUGGAUUCUGUUAAUAGGAUGUAUGAACUACAAGGAUGAUCGAUAUUUGCAGAUGCAGUCCUCACAGCUUUUUCUCUUUUGGAAGGUGCUGCUCACGCACAACUACAGUUCCCGUCAUGAAGACGACUUGUACAGAAAUCUAGAGAUAAGGAAUCAUGCUCUGACAUGUCUAUUGGCUUUCUUGGGUAAUGAUAGCAUUGGAAACAAGGCUGUUGCAAAACAAGUUUCUUACUUAUUGACCAAAUGUUCCAGCUUUAAUCAUGCCAUAAUUGAAAAAUCUGAUAAAAUCGACAAAGCGCUGCUCACAAAUGAACUAAGACUACUGCAGAUCCAUCUCCGGCUUCACAAAUACAUCAAAGAUGACUUUAAUAGCUCUUUGUUAAUUUUAAUCAUGAAAAACUUUUCAGAUCCCAAUCUUUACAGCGAAGGUACUCACUCUCUAAUUGAAUCGCUGACCUCUGUUGCAGAUGGGAAGAAAUCAAGCUCAGAGCAAACACCAAAUUUUGGAGAACCAUCGGUAGUCACUCUGUUACGCCAAGACGACGGUUUUGCCUACGGGCUUUCAAGCAGGCUUUCAGGAGCAAACGUUUCAGAGCUUUAUGUAAAAGAUCACGGCGAGCUCAGGCAGCAUUUGAGUUUUGAAUCCAAACAAUGGAGUUGGAAUUUCGAAUUUGAGAAUGAGAUUACAAAGCCAAUUUCCUGUGCACUUUCUCAAGAUUAUCUGCUAACGCUUUAUUGCGCUGGAGGAUACUCGUCAUCGGACAAAUGCAGCCCCAAGAUCACAACUGCGUUGAUUGAUGCAUCGAUGGAGGUUUUUUCGUUAAAGUUUCCGUUCCUGAAUGACAAGAUAAAAUACUCCAUCAUUGAAACUCUGAAUUCCUCAAUGUUUUGCAGAACCACUUCAACUUUACGAAACGUCGCUAUUGCUGCUAACACGCUGGUAUCUAUAAACAAAGCCCUUGAAGUUAUGCAUGAAGAAGGGAUUACUUUAGAGCACUCUGUUGGCGAACUGCUAUUAAAAUCGGUGGAUAAGAUCAAAUUUGAUAAUGACCAUUUGUUGACGGAGAUGAAGGCCAAAUGUAUAGGACUUGUUUGUGGUAUUAUUAAUCGAAACAGCGAUGAAGAUAGAGCAGGAAAAGACAUGGUUACCGAACGGGUCGAUAUUCUAAUAGACGGACUGAUAAAAGUAGAUGAACCUUUCACACGGGUGCUCCGAGCGUUAUCUUUGGUCAAUAUAUAUAGGUAUCGUCCAGCAGAUGCGCCCUUUUGCAGAAUAUUUGAUGUCAUUUUAAGUCUCAUCAGCGAUCCUCAUCCUGUCGUUCAUUGUUGGUCUCUAAAGGCAAUGCACUUGCUCAUAGAUAAGCAUGCUGCGAUAGACCACACAACAGCUUCCACCCUACUUGGGUGUUUAGAAGAUAUCUCCACCAAUCCAUCGUAUGGGAUGUAUGGAUCAUCAGUACUUAGAUACAACUACUGUCUGGAAACCGAUUCACAUUUGACUGUUGGACUAAUUCUCCAAAGUUUGAGCGAGGCGAUUGGUGCUUACAUCUCAGAACUCCCUGCUAACGUAUGCGAAAGGUUCAAAUAUUUGAUUUAUGGGCUUGCGAUCUCCAAUUCUACGGCACACCAAUUGUUAGCACUAGAAAUUUACGCGAAUUUGGCAAUCUUCAAGAAUCAGAACAGCUUGGAUGAUAGAAUCUUUAUAAAGCUGGCCGAAUCAAUUGUGAACGGCGCCAUCCUCGUCGGGUUUUCCUCGGCUUGCUGUAACUGCCAUUUUAUGGUGAAAAAUGGAAAUAUUCCCAACUCAUUCAGCUCCCUGAGCGUCAUGAAAUGUUUUGAUCUCUUCUGCUUGCUAACGAAACUUCAGAAGGGACAUCUAUUCGCUCAGGAUCUUGAGAACUCCAGUUGGAGAUGGCUUUUUUUAUCCCCUUCAUCGAAAGAGCUCCAAAAUUAUCUUUUCACCUGGAUGGGUCAAUCCCCAGAAGAUGAGAUCAAGUGGUUUGAUAAACUCUACGUGAUUUUCCAUAUUAGCAAGUGGCGACUCUUCUUUAGUUAUUACCGAACCUUGAAUGGUUUACUGAAGAAGAUAAGGUUUAAAAAAGAGGGUGACGAGGAAAUUCCUUCUGAGGAAGAGAAAUCCAUUGCGCAGGCCGAAUUAGCUGAUUUUGACGGCUCGCAAAAUUCUGAUUUGCUUCCGUGGCGUGCAAGAUUGCUGAUACUUAAAAUGGUGAAGCAUUUAUGUUUAGCUUCUGCCCGAAGAGAGGGCAAAUCCGUACUGUUAAGUCGAAAAAUUCCAGAAUUGAUUAAACUGGCUUUUCAGGCUUCUACCAGCAGUGUAGCAUCAGUGAAAUCUUUAGGAUUGGACAUCCUGAGGCUAGUUUUGAAAGCUAACUCGUCUUUACGAAGCAGUGAGAGCGGACCCUCAGAGCUACAGCAGCAGGAGGCCCAAAUUGUGAGCGCAAUGAUGCCCGCAUUUAACUCAGGUACUCCGCCUGACAUUGUGGUAUCUGCCAUAGACCUUUCAGCGGAAAUUCUCACUUCCGGCAUAUCUACGGUACAAGAAAUGCAUAGAGUCUCUCAAUUGCUCAUCGACUGUCUUGGCAUUUUUAAUGAGAACAAAUCAUCUGUGAGACUGGGAGAUGUGCUGAUCGAGACCCAAAAGUCUAAGAAAAAAAUUGAGCUCUCAGUCCUAAGCGCCUGGGCUGAGUUGACAGAAAAGUCUGUUAAUACUGAUGAAUUGAAUCUCAGAGAGUUCACAGAGAACUAUUGGGAUAUAUUAGUGCCUCUUUGGAUCAUAUCGUUGAGAGAGUAUGCGAUGGUAAAAUAUGAGGGCAAGCAGACAGAUGAAUUAACCGGAGGGCAUAUCAAGGAGUCUUUUUUUGAGAAAAGUAAACUGGAGCUUUUUGAAGGCGCCUGGCUGAAUAUGGUUGUGGCAUUAAGCUGUGUACUUGAAGCAAAUCCUGACGUGGUUUUACAGCGCUUGAGCAAAACAGAGACAGAAAGCUUCAUGUUAAUUCUGUUUAUACAAUGCAUGGAAAUAGUCGUCAAAUCUUUAGACGAUCAUGAAGUGUUGAUGAAGAUUUUACCUGCGUUGCAUAGCUUGCUGAUGUGUUGUGUUCCACUGGAUCUCCUGUUCGAAGACGGCACAAACGAGGAAAUAGUGGGCGUCCUAGAUCGAAUCAUGACAAUGGGAAAUAAUCAGGAAAAGCUGAUGCUUGUUCGGAUAAUCAAUGAUUUGAUCAUGAGAUAUGUUAAGAAGAAUGACACUCAUGACACUUUUUUGCAAGGCAUCGACAAGCUGUACGAAUUACUGAGGCUUCUCAUAAAGCCCAUUGCACAGCUUCUUCCUUUUAUUAAGUAUAGCAGUUUGGAGAAUGAAGUAUCGAGAACAGCAGGCUUAGCAGAAGAUGAAGUUCGUUUGCUGCGCGCAUCCUUCUCAGCCCUAGAAUCAAAUGUGGGUAAAUUUGACGACCUCUUCAAAGUCGACUUGUACUCCUGUUUGCUGUUCAUGAUCGGGGAAAUCUUUGAAUCAGACGCCCGGGAAGAGGUGAUUCCCAUCGUUUUACCCCUUUUAAAGUCCGUCUCACGAAACCUACUAUCUGGAAGCCUGAAUAGUUGUUUGAUGCAGACUUUUUUCGAAUCGAUAAAAAAAGCUUUGUUUGACCAGGUACAGUUAACUAAUCAAUUGGCGAUCUGCUUUAUCCUGCUAGCAAAUAACUAUCCUUAUUUCACUGAAAGUGAUUUGAAUAGGUUCAUUUCUUUGAUUCUAUCGGGCCUGCGCAGUUCCGACACUCAAGCAAUAACUAUGCAUGGCUUGAGGUCACUUGUUAACAAAGGAAUGAGUCAGCACGCCUGCCGAUACAUCAUUAGAAACCUGAUCCUGGAGAUUUUCAAAUCCAUUGGCAGAGAGGACACCCAGACUGUAGAUCUGAUGUUUGAGUUUGUUCAACAUUUUGUCAAGCGAGUUCUGGACACUGAACCAAAGUCAGCACCAACAGCCAUGGCUGUAAUACUGUCAUUGGAGCUCUUAUACUGCGGAAAGGAUGGAGUGCCAGAUGAGAGAGUCGGAGGCAGAAUGAUGACACUCAUAGCCAUGGACAAGGAAAGCUUCAAGAUUGCGUCUAGCAGCCUUCUAGACGAAAAGCAAAGAGCUCGCAUCGAGCACAUCAUAGAGAAAUCCCCAGAAUUUGGUAGCAGCGGCCCCUCAGGACGAAAAGCCGAUCUAUUGUUGAAAAACUUCGUUUGA